AUUUCGGUAUGGGCCGAAGAAUUUCCAUAGAACCUGUUCGGCCACGAUGCUCGUCAGUGAACGUGGGCCUGUAGUGCGACGAUCGCUUCUACACGCCGGCAUCGCUAAGCUAGGCUAAGCUAGGCUGCGCGUCAAAGGAAAGGGCAGGUUGUGCGCACGAUGAUCUCACACUGAACGAAGGUGCACCGUGAUGAGGGGCAGCUCUGCUCCGAGUGCCACUCUCUCGUGGGGCAGCAAACAGUGAACGGCACCGGGAUGACGUCUGCGCCUCCUCUUCACUGCCACACAUUCACAGAGAAGGUACGAGGGGUACAAAACUUCAAGCCUACCUUUCCUACGCAAGCUUGCUUCCUCUCACAAACAAACUCCGUAAUUCCCUCCGUUCAAACACCCCACCAACACCCACAACCCUACUCGUCACCUUUAAUCAACCACCAAUCAAAACAUCAAGAUGGACGCAGCCAAGGCAGCAGUUAAGGACUUCAUGGCCAAGGCCGGCCACCAUGACACCACUGUGCACGAGAAGGUCGCCCCAGCCGUCGUUCACGAGACGAUCGAGCGUCAGCAGCACGAGACCGUUCAGACCGCCAUCGACAAGGAGGUCCACCAAGAUCACUACCACACCUCAGUCCAGCCCGUGACCGACCGCGCCAUCCUUCCGGAGACGCACCACCACAACGUCAUCCCAGUCGAGCACCGUUCAUUCGAGCACGACAGCCCUGAUCAGGUCAAGGCCCGCAUUGCCGCCGAGCAGGCCAAGUUCCGCGACGAGCAAGUUCUCGUCGAGGGUCAGAAGACCCACUCCGUCGAGCCCAUCGUUGCCGGCGAGCACAUUCACCACCACGUCCACGAGACCAUCCAGCCAGUUGUCGAGAAGCAAACGAUUGAGCCGCAUGUCGUUCACACCACCGUCCCAAUCCACGAGGUUCACCACAACGCUGCCCAGCACCAUGCCACCUCCGCCCUCCCAGCGGUCAGCAUGCAAGACUUCAAGAAGCAGGGCGGUGUCCUGUCUGGCCGUGAGGAGCGCUAUGACGGCUUCCAGGGUGAGCCGCGCGCUAUCGGCGGUGCUCUUGGUGGCUCUGACUCCUCUGCAAUGGGUGCCGCUGGCUUGAACCACGGCUCCACUGACCAGUACGGCUCAAACACCCACGCGCCAGGCCAUGGUCACCACGAGCACGGUCACCACGAGCAGGGCCACAAAGCCACUCUCGGCGAGAAGCUCAACCCCAAGGUCGACUCCGACCGCGACGGCAAGGCCGGUAUCAUGGACUAGGAGCCUGGUCUACAUGUCAAGUUGACUCCCGCCACGGUGGCGCUUGCACGAUCAGGCACGCUGCAGCCGGCGAAUGGAGGUGACUUCAGCAUUCCGAAACACUUUCCUCAUCUGCAACACUCCCAGCACCGCCAUGCCUCUCAAGGUAGUGUCGUAGACCUGCAACAGCAUCAGUAAUUGACGCCCGUUGGGUCGGGAAGGUUAUGGAGGGUCAUGAUACCUACGAUGUCUUGCGCGGACUGGGGUGGUGUACCAGUAGCUUAUUCAAAUGAAAGCGAUAAUAUCCAUUUCACCCUACCACAAUGCCUGGGUUGGGCAAUGAUGCUUGCUCAUGUUUUGGUAUAAAUCCCUGUAGAACAAUGUGUGAGGU